AUGGAACAAGAAGUAUUGAAUUUAGCAAAUAAACAAGUUCAACAAGCAAUUUCUAAUGCAUUGAAUUAUUUAACAGAAAUAUCUUCAAUAAUAUAUCAAAAUUCUUCCGAAAAUCGAACAUUAAAAUCAAAUAUUCUAUUACGAUGUCGAUCAUCAAGUACUAAUAGAAAUAAUCGUAAAGUAUCAUUUCAUCAUACUAUUCCACGUUGUUCUUUACCGGCAACAAAAAAUGAUUUUGUUCAUUAUCAAACACGUCUAUUAUCUUAUCAACAAACAAAUCAAACUCGAUGUCGAAUAUCACGAACUACAAGUAGUACUAGAUCGAAUAGACCUUUUGAUGUACAAUAUUCAUUCAGUCUUAAUAAACCUUGCUUAACCAAAAUCAAUAAACAACAACAUAAUUUAAUUGAUAAACAAAAUUUUGCCAAUCAAUUUGUUGAACAUACUAUUCAAAUUGCUUUGCUUCAGAUUGAUUAUCAAAAUUUAACUAACAGAAAUGAACUUUCACAAUGUUCUUCAUCCUAUGUAUCUAUGGAAAUUCUUCAAGAUAUAAAUUCAUAUAUUAAUCAAUUUAUUCAUUCAACUAUUGAACAAGCAAUAGAAAAAAUUUCUUCAUACGAUAUUGAACAUUUCUCAAAUCGUUUUACUGAAUAUAUUAUAACCAAUGCUUUAUCAACUAUUGCAAAUAAUGAAAUAUAUUCUAGAACAACGUUAGAUGAUAAUGACAAGUAUUUGCGAAAAAUAAAGAAAAAUUCAAUACAAUUAGAAUAUAAUGAACAACAAGAAACAAGUUUAUUCAAUCAAAAUCGAUAUAAUUCACAAUCAAUAUUUCGAUCAUUAACACAUAAUACUAGUUCCAAUGAAGAAUUAAUUAAUUCUCUUGUGAAUAAUAUUGCUCAACAAAUUUAUUUUGAUUCGUUCAAUGAAUUAAGACAGUAA